GAUUGAAACUUUAAACGUGUCUCUAGUUGUAUAAAUAGUAUUCAAAAUGUGUGAUAAUAACAGUCCUUCGACGCAAAGCAUAGCGGACUAUUUAGCUCAGUUGCUCAAAGACAGGAAGCAACUGGCUGCGUUCCCGAAUGUUUUCAUGCACAUGGAGCGACUUCUGGAUGAAGAAAUAGCAAAAGUGCGAGCGAGUUUAUUCCAAAUAAACGGAGUCAAAAAGGAACCACUCGUUCUACCAGAGCCAGAAGGGAUGGUCACCACACUUACAGAAAAAGUAUACGUGCCAGUCAAAGAACAUCCAGAUUUCAACUUCGUGGGAAGGAUCCUUGGACCCAGGGGCAUGACUGCAAAACAGUUGGAACAAGAAACUGGCUGCAAAAUCAUGGUCAGAGGCAAAGGCUCCAUGAGAGAUAAGAAAAAGGAGGACGCUAACCGGGGUAAGCCGAACUGGGAGCACCUGGCAGAUGACUUGCAUGUGCUGCUCACCGUCGAGGACACCGAGAAUCGUGCUAAGAUCAAGCUCGCCAGGGCUGUAGAUGAAGUCAAGCGCUUGUUGGUUCCUCAAGCGGACGGCGAAGAUGAACUAAAGAAGCGUCAGUUGAUGGAGUUGGCCAUCAUCAACGGCACCUACCGCGAUUCCAGCACGAAGGCCGUCGUGCCUGUCAACGGUCAGUGCCUCAUAACUGACGAGGAGUGGAGGCGCGUUGCCGCCGCCGCUGCAGAGACACAGCGACUUCUGGCGCCCGGGGGAGGCGUGGGAGGGGUCACUUUACGCACUCAAGCGCCCCUUGGGGCCCCAUUGAUCCUGUCUCCACGUAUGUCGGCCGGCCCAGGAGCCCAAGCUGGGUUACUCAAUGGAACAGGCACUGGCGCUGCAGCGGGUUUACUCUCCCCUGGUGAACCAGCUCAUCAGCUCAUCUACGCGUCCCCGUACGCUGAUUACGCUAACUACGCCGCGCUGACAGCCGCAGCCAAUCCACUGCUGACUGCUGAGUACGCCGCUGCUGACCACACGGGUGUCGUGCGGAGGGCCGGCCGGCUCGCUCAGGUGAGGGAGCACCCUUACCAGCGCACUGCCUUACCGGCGCCUUAAUUCCCGCCAAAACGCUCUCACGCCGCCAUUUUGUUCACAAGGUGAGAAGCGCGCGCAACCGCAUGCUCUACGAAUAUGAUUGCUUAGAUUAUUACGCUUAAUAGGGUAACUUAAGCAUAGAAUUGGGAUGAAAUAAUAGCUAAUUCUAUACCCAAGUAUAUAUAAAACCUUUUAAGUGUCCUCGUGGAAUCACGACAUCUAGAUACUCCCAGCAACCAUGUUCGUUCGUGAAAAUGCGUGUGGGUGCCUUUGCUUUAUUGUCUCUCUGUGUCAAUUUUUAUUAUUUAUAUUGUGUACUUAUUAGGUAUAUUAUCAAUUAUUUAGUAUGAGGAUAGGAUGUACGCCCAUCUACUUCAUACCGAAUCUGAAGUGACACUGCAUAAUUUGAAAACUGUGAUUUUUAUAUUUCUUUUUUUUAUAGAUUUUUAGAUCUGUUACAUGUUGUGAUGCGAGGCAUUAUUUUAAAGAUGCAUUAGCUCGAUUUGCUGUUCAUAGUUGGGCGCCAGCGUUACCAAAUUUACUUUUGUCGUUAUUUUUCAAUGCUAUUGUUGCAACAUUUUGAUCACAACAUGUGCCUUCGAACUGUCAAGUAUUACAACAAGUAAUGCACUUUUCGGGUAUUUACAAAUUAAUUAAGGGAAGAAGGAUUAGUUCUAAAUACGUCCACUUGCUUUGUUUCCGAGUUUAUUAAUUUUGAAUACAUACUUAACCCAGUUAGAAAUGUAGUAGUAUCAUCUAGUAUUAUCAAAAUGUUCCCCAGAGGUGCUAUAAUCUGGUUGUGAAGUCCUUCUUUCCUAUUUUCGCCCAGUAUUAGUCCAAGGAGCGGGCAUUCUCAGAAUCAGUGCCAUCAAUAUCCAGUAUUAAACAACAUGUCCCUCCUUCGGCUCCGUCAUAUUUUCAUCAUCACAACUUUUUCUUAGUCAAUGUAAGAUUUUUAUAUGAAAUUUUUUAAGCUAGUUGUUUCUAUUUUUGCCUUAGGUAUUAUAUGGACUUUCUUAUUUGAAAGUUACUAUUAAGAUAAUUUGCACUUGUGUCCUUGUGGAUUUAUGAUGGCACGCAAAUGCCAUACGUAUUCUUUCACGCUUCUUAUUAUGAAAAUUGAAUUUUAGAAAGCCGUAUUUUAUAAAAUGAACUAUAUGCGACGAUGUUUUGUAAAAUAUUGUUUCAAUUGUUGAUUGUAAAUAAAUGCAUUUGCAGAAAAUUAUACAUGCAAUAAAUU